AUGAUUGUAUCUCUCUUCUUUCUCCUCAUCCUCAAAGGUGGAAAUACCUCCACUUUAGAGCUGCAAGAUGAUGCUCAACUGAUGCCCAAUGAGACCAUGACCAGAGAUAAAAAAGUAGAAAUUGAUGAACUUUGCAUUUUCCUGGCUGUUGCAAACCACCUGAACUUGACUAAAGACAAUAAUAAGUACACCAUGAGCCGGCCCGUUAGACACCACACUCACCCUUUGACAGUAGUGCUUGAAAUGAAAAUCUAUGCCAUCUUAGAUAUGAGGGAAAUUGACCAGACUUUAAUUUCUUACAUUUGGGUUUCUUUGAAAUGGAAAAAUGAGUACAUUUGGUGGGACCCAUAUCAGUUCUGUGGACUUAAAUACAUAACUGUCCCUACCGGAUAUUUGUGGAUACCAGACAUAACAAUUGAAGAGAUGACAGAGAAGGACAAAGCUACUCCGAGUCCCUAUCUCAGCAUUAGCUCAGAUGGCUGGGUUGAAUUCAGAAAUGACCAGGUUGUGCUAAGCACCUGCAAAAUGCAUGUUUACAAAUUUCCCUUCGAUAUUCAGAGCUGCAACCUUUCGUUCAAGUCUAUCCUGCACACUGAUGAAGAUAUACAGUUACACUACCAGGAAAACAACACUUUGAUCACACGGUUGUCUCGGGAAGUGAUGCACACACAGUACGAGUGGCUGUUCAUCAACAUGAUAGUCACCAACAAAACCAACCGCUUGGACGUCAACCAAACUUCUGUUGUUUAUACUAUUACCAUGAAGAGGAGGUCUAUCCUGUACAUUGUGAAUUUCAUUCUGCCAGUCCUCUUCUUCUUGUGUCUGGACUUGGCAUCAUUCCUCAUCUCAGAUACUGGGGGUGAGAAGCUCAGCUUCAAAGUCACUGUCCUGCUGGCCGUCACAGUGAUGCAGCUUAUCCUCAAUGACAUUCUGCCCUGUUCUUCAAACAAGGUUCCACUCAUAGCUGUCUACUGCAUUGGGAUAUUUGCUCUGAUGCUGCUCAGCCUCCUGGAGACAAUUUUGGUGAUGCAUCUGAUUGAGAAAGACUCUACAGUUCAAGAUAAUGAGACAAGUAGAGACCAAAGCACAGAUGUGAACUGUGGUGACAAAUCCAACCCACACAGAAACUUUAGUGAUAGUAACUGUGCAUCUGUCUGUGAUGCACCUGCUGAAGAAACACAAUCUGUGAUCAAAGAGAGUCAUCGAGACAUCAGACACCCUCAGCCAGCCUGCGAUGAUGAGGCCCUGGCUUGUGUCCAAUUAAUCUUCCAGACCAACACUUUGGACAAGCUAGCAUCUUGUAAGGCCUUGGAAAGCUUCCAAACCCUGCUCACCCUGAUGCCACUUUUCCCAUAA